GUCAGGAAGCGGUGCCGUGUUGCCAUCCUGGUGGUCUUUGUUAUUAAUACUGUUUGUUUACUUGAGAGAUAGAGACAGAGAGAGAGAUUUAAUAGUGCAGAGUAACUUUUUAAGACGGUGAACUUUCAUCUAGGCAGUACUGCAGAACAUCUACAUAUGUUCAAGAAUCAUUAAGGUGGUGUGAUUGAUGUGUUGGCAUGGAGAAGGUGAGGCAGCAGGUGGAGGCACUGGGGUUGCAGGAGCAGCAACAGCUGAUAGUGGAUCUCAUCACCACUAGUGCCCCAGAGGUACAGCUCAGCCUCCUGGUUCCAUCUGUCACUGCUGCAGCAAGUUAUGUGAAAUGGCGUUUAGUAACCAACUUACAAGGACAAGAUACGCCUGACCUCCUGGUUCUGUUGCCUCCAGAGCUACAACUGGAAGUUCUUUUAUAUCUGGAUGGUCCAAGUCUUUUGCAUGCCUCUCAGGUGUCAAAGGCAUGGCAUAGCAUCAUUAUGAAUAUUAAUGAGGUAUGGUUAAAGCAAUGUCGGAGGUUAGGAGUAAACAUGAGCAAGGUUCCUGGCUGGGCUGACUGGCAUAAGGUGUACAUAACAUCACUGAGGCAACAGGUGUCACUAAAGAAUGGCACAGCAUUCUCGGAACGUUUUAUGCAACUCCAGAAUUGCAAGAAGGCUGUCAAAGCAGUAGAUUAUCAAGAUGGGUUUUUAUGUACCGUAUCAGAAGAGGACUAUAUAAAUAUCUGGCAGCUAGACAUGAAUAUUCCAGUAAUGACGUUUCCUGUUGAGCGAGCUGUGUCCUGCAUUAAGUUCCACCCCAACUCUCUGCUACUGUGUGGUCACUUUGUUGGCACCUUGACCUCUUGGGACCUGAGUAGCAUGAAUCAAUCUCGAUGCACGGUGUGGGAACAUUCUAGUACUCGAGAUCACGAUAACUUCAAAAAUAGAUUCAAGAUGCAUGCAGGUCCAGUGUUCAGUUGUGACUUUUCUGAGGAAUUGGACCUUUUAGUGAGUGGGGGUGCUGAUGAAUGCCUCAGAUUAUGGUGUUUAUCUGCAGGGAAACAAAUCAAAUCUCUGUCCAACCAAGACCAUUGGGUUUUGAGGGUCAUACUCAUACCAGAUUUAUCUUUGACCACCAAACACGAUAUUGUUUACAUGACACGAGAAAAUGUCAAGAAAGUAUCAUGGCCCUCAAAUGUGAAACAAGACUGUGAGUAUGAUGUGCCAGAAAAAGGUGUUGGUAGCUCUGCUUCAUCAUCCAGACCUUACGGCAUGAUUGAAAAGAUAUCGGACAAUUUUAAAAUCAGUCUAAAUGAGGGACAUACAAACUUUUUCACUCCUGGUUUACAAUUUAGUAGCAAGUAUAUUGGGAUAAUAAAGCAAGAUGCAGAAGAAAAGCAUGCCAAUUUAUGUGUGUUUGACAUUGAGACAUUUAAACUGGAGCAUAAUAUAUCUUUGAAUAUUAAAGUAAAAAAGUUACUUGCCCUUGGAAACAGAUAUGCCCUACUUCUCACCAUGGGUAGUGUGCUGUACUCCUCCACACUGGUCAUCAUCGAUAUCGUCACUACAAAGAUUAUUGGCACUCGCUCCAUACCUCACUCCAAAAUGACCACCCCAGAUGGAGCCCAGUUGGUUGUUGGUGAUGUUGAGUGGCUGAAUGGGCUGGGGGUGCACCUGCCUGGACACUCCCGUUCACUGUCCACUGCUGUCCAAGCUGAGAAUUCAAAUUGUGCUACAAGAACAGGAGCUGGAAAGAAGUAUGCCAGCCAAAGCUACAGAAUAGAGACCAGUGUAAGUAGUAUGAACACAGUGCCACAUGGUAACACACAAUGUCUAAAUGUGGAACAUAAUGCAGUGUCAUGUCCAAAACGAAAACAUAAGUCAGACGAGUGCUGCAGUGAACCGUGUGGUGGUGAGACUGCAAUGGAUCAUACGAGCCUUGAUGCUUCCUGCUGUGCACACAGUGACACACAAAUUGACUCUGAUGUGGCCUUGCAUGCUGAGUGUGCUGGUGAUCAGUGUCUUAUGAUGGACACUUCUCCAGAAGUAAAGGCUUGCCAGGCUCUGGAGCAGCCAAGCUUCUUAGUGCUGGCUGCUGGAGUAUUGAAUGAACCUGGCCGUCUAUUCACCCUGUGGUGGGCCCAGUCCAGACACACACACAAGUGCAAGAAGGAGUAGAUGCACAUAUUGGCAGCUUUUUUUUACAUAGUUGGAGUUCAGUAAUAUACAUUUGAUGCUUUAUAUAAGUUUAAGUUGAAAAUACCUUGACCAAUUAUAUGCUCCAAUUGACAAUUUCCCUCAACUUCUUCUAUAAGAGGGUAUAUUCUGUAUCUGUUUGCCUGUUUCUUUCAUUGCUCAUAACAGUGAAAUAAUGAUUUCAAAAGCUACAUGCUACAUGAGUAUAAACUGUAGGCUGGCGUUGUCCCAAUAGAUGCUUGCAUUAAUCUAUAAUGAUGAUAUAGAGUUUCUGCUUGUCCAAUACUGUAAUUAUUUUUGUUUUGUUAUUGGUUUGAUGGUAUCUAUGAUACCUGUUGUUCCUGAGUAGCGAUAAUUGAUGAUUUUGAUUUUUGAACAUGAGCAUAUUAAAGUUUUAAACUCUCAAAAAAGCAAAUGUAGCUAUUUUUAUUUAAAAAACAAUAAUUUUCAUUAGUGUAUUGUAUUUAAAAAAAAUAAUUUUCAUUUGUGAAGAGACUAGCUAAACAUACAAUUAAAAUUUUCUUCCUUUAAUUUUUCUAAGUUUUAUAAAAAGAUAAAAAUAGAAGUUUGUUUUUUAGAUUUUUAAGAUUUAGAACAUCAAUAUUGCUUGUACGUAUUUGGAUUCUGGUUUUAUUGGUUAUUACUCAGUAAAUUUGUUGAUGAUUGGGUAUUAGUAAUAAGGUUAUCCCAAUUGACUGAUCAGUUAUCAUGAUGAAUAUUUUCAUUAUAGAGCACAGCUAUGGUAUAAACUAAGAAAUUGUCAAUAAUUGUCUUAUCUUUUAAAUCUGACAUCAGUGCAUUUCUUUUACAGUAAAGUGUAAUUAUAUACAUUAUACCUUUUAGUUUUGUAAGAUACCAGUGAUUCAUGUUUCAAAUAUCUGUCUCCCACUUGUUUAAUUAUAUCAUAUACAUAUUUCAUGUCAUUUUAGAAAAGGCAAAAUCAGUAAAUGAUCUUAGUAUUCUGAUUACUGAAGACAAAAUCAAUAUAUAUAUAUAUAUAUAUAUAUAUAUAUAUAUAUAUAUAUAUAUAUAUAUAUAUAUAUAUAUAUAUAUAUAUAUGAUGAGAUUUAUCACGAUAUCCUUUCAGAAAGUUGCGGAGAAUGAUGAAUAGUGUUUAACUUGGUUGGAAAGAAUGGGAAGAAAGUAUUGUGUGAAGGUAAAGUGUUAAUAUCAGUAUUGUAUGAGACUGAAAAAUGGAACAAAGGGGAGCAGUGAAGAUUAGGUUGAAUAUAGGAGAGAUUAAUGCAUGAAUUGGUCAUGAGGGAUGAAGUGUAGAAAGUAGUCAGGAAGAUGAAAGCAGGAAAAGUUGUCUGGAUAAAUGUGUUGCAGAAUGUUUGAAAAGUAGAAAAGCAGUAGUUGUUUUGUUAUUAGUAAGAGUGGUAAAUGCCUUAGGUGUCAGUAAGAGUGAUGAAUGCCAGUCAUGGUGCCAGUUGACAGAGUAAGUGCAAUGACAGUUGUUUUGUAUACUGGUAAGGGUGGUAAGUGUGGAUGUAUUAUUUGUAGGAGUAGAAGUCUAUUGAGUGUCAGGUUAGGUGUAUGGGUUGAAGGAUUAGAUAGAGUACAGAGGGAGUGAUUUGGGAAGAGCAGUGUAAUUGAAAGGGUUAUUUGAGGAAUGUAUGGGUCAGUGUUUGCUGUGAGACAAGUAUAUGCAAAGUAUUUGGAUGUGUUUGCACAUGGAUUUUUUAAAAAUGCUUGACAGGUUGGAUCAUCAGGGAUUCCAUUUAUCUAUUUGCCUAUGUAUUUGUCUGUUCGCCUACUUGUCUUCUUACUCUUUUUGGGAGUGCCCUUCAAGAGGGGUGGCUGUGAGAAAACCUAUAUCUUUUUCAAUCCAAACAUUCAUGUCUUGUUUGUUCAAACACUAGACCUAUAUGAACACCUCUAUCACACUUCUACUGUUUGACCUCAUCCUUCCACUUUCUGAGUGGCCUUCCUCUUCUAUUGAUAUCUUCAGCUUUCCUCAUAUAUUGUACACUUCCUUUACAAAUUUUUCCCUCUUCAUCAUUUUUGUAUGGCAGUACUAUGGAUUACAGUUUGUUUAUAGAUAUAUGGGCUUGGUUAGAUAUUGUUGAAAGUGAUGAAAAUUUUUUAUGUGAAUAAUAAAAGGUGUAUGAGAAUGGCAAGUAAUGUGAAUGAUUGGUCUCUUAUGAGAGUUGGACUGAAUGAGGAAUGAGUGAUGUUGGUUUGGUAGUUCACUGUUUGUGGAUAGUGUUGUAAGGGAGAUCAAUGUGAGAAUGUUAGGUCGAUGUUUUGAGUCUGGUCAGUGUUGACUGUAGAAAAUGGAAUUGGAGUGAGGCAAUAUUUGUUGUUGAUCUUGCUCUGGUUGACUGGUUUAAAGUAGAGAUUGAGACAGCUGAUCAUAGACUGUUAAGUUUGUACGAAUAUUUUAUUUAUUGUAUAUAUAGAGAAAAUAGUCUGCACUCAGUGCCGAUGUCGCAAUAUUUUAUUUAUCUUUUUGUAUGUAUGAUGAUGACACGUGAUGUCACAUCGACAAGUGAUCUGGUGAUGAAAAGAAACUUGAGA